AUGGGAAAACCUUUAACAGAAGAUCUAAUAAAAUAAAAAACCAAAACAGAAGCAAUACAUUUAGUAAAAAACCUUAAUCUAUGGGGAUAAGAACUAGAUGAUUUACACGUUUUAAAAGGAAUGCCUAAUUUAGAAGUAUUAUCUUUAUCAGUAAAUUAAAUAUCAUCUUUAAAAUAUAUAAAAUGCUGUUUAAAAAUAAAAGAAUUAUAUUUAAGAAAAAAUUCUAUAUAAGAUAUUACAGAAAUUAGACAUUUAGUUAAUUUACCUGAGCUAAAAGUUUUAUGGCUUUGUGAUAAUCCUUGUGCCAACAUUCCUAAUUACAGAGAAACUGUAAUUAAAUCUUUACCAAAUUUAUAAAAAUUAGAUAAUACUCCUAUAACAUAAGAAGAAAUUAAUUAAGCAUAAGCCUUUAAUGUUGAUUUUAUUGAUCUUAGUAGGAAUAAUUCAUCUUGUUCUUAAAAAAACACGCCUCCUAAUAAUAUAAUAAAAAUAUCUAAAUUAAUUAACCAAAUGAUAAUAAAUAUGGAGUAUAAAAUAAUAAUCUAUAUAAUAAAAUAUAUAUAAAUAUUAAUUAAUAAAUAGAUUCCAAAUAAUAAUUUUAUUGAUAAUGAAAAAAAUAUGAAUAAGAAUUAAAAUAUUGUUAUUGCAAUCCUUUCCCUUGUCAAAGAGUUGGAUUCAAAUAGUUUAGAAAUUAUUAAAAGAGAUAUCGAUAAGAGAUUAAGAUAAAUAAAUUUAACAAUUGAUAUUGAUAUAUAAGAUUUCAUAUAUUAUUUGGAUUCUAAUUUACUUUUUUAAAUGGACUUCUAGUUUAUUGAGUGA